AUGGCUACGAUACCAGUCAUCGUCAAGCAUCAGGGCAAACGCUACGAUGUCGAGCUCGAUCCAUCAUCGAAUGGCGAAACCUUCAAGUUCCAGCUAUACUCCCUCACCGGCGUCGAACCUGAAAGACAAAAAAUUUUGGUCAAAGGUGGCCAGCUCAAGGAUGAAACCGAACUUUCAACCCUCAAGGCAAAAUCUGGACAGACUUUUAUGAUGAUGGGAACUCCAUCAGGAGCUGAUUCAUCAGCUAUUUUGGCUCGUCCCAAGGAGGCCGUCAAGUUUGUGGAAGAUAUGACGGAGGCAGAAGCUGCCCGAGCGGAGGGAGCCACUCCAGCUGGUUUGCAAAAUCUGGGCAAUACUUGCUACUUGAAUUCAACUUUACAGACUCUACGAGUUAUCCCCGAAUUACAACAGGAACUAUCACGGUACAAUUCGACUGGCUCUGAUGGAACUUCUCGCUUGGGUGAUCUCAGCACCCUCGGUCUCGGAGGUCUGGGCGCAUCAUCAGAUUUGACCGGUUCAUUGAGGGACUUGUACAAGCAAAUGUCCGAAACCCAGGAGGGAUUUCCGCCGUUGAUGUUCUUGAACGUCCUUCGAAACACGUUUCCGCAGUUCGCACAAAAGGCACAGAAUGGCCACGGAUAUGCGCAGCAGGACGCUGAGGAAGCUUGGUCACAGAUCUUGACCCAGCUGCGUCAGAGGUUGAAGGUCAAAGACGGCGAAUCUGAGACUUCGUUCGUUGACAAAUACAUGAGUGGCCGCUUUGAGUCUACUCUCGAAUGCGAUGAACCUGCUGCCAAAGAAGCAGGUGAAGAACCUGUCAGCUCAUCUGAUGUCUUCCUCAAGCUGGACUGUCACAUCGAUAAGGACAUCAACCACCUGGGUGACGGAAUAAAAGCUGGUUUGCAGGAAAAGAUCGAGAAACGCUCAGCUGUCCUAGAUCGAGAUGCCAUUUACACUAAGAAGUCAAGCAUAGCUCGACUACCUAAAUACUUGACAGUUCAUUUCGUUCGAUUUUUCUGGAAACGGGAGAGCCAGAAGAAAGCUAAGAUCAUGCGCAAAGUCACCUUUCCAGCUGAGCUUGACGUUGUCGAGUUUUGCACCGAUGAGCUCAAAAAGAGACUGAUCCCCGUAAGGGACAAAGUCCGCGAAAUUCGCAAGGACGAAGAGGAUGCUGAGCGCGCCCGCAAGCGACAGAAAUUGGCUCACCGACAAGAAGAGGAUCGAAAAGCAGAUGGCGAGUCAGGACAACCAGCUGAACCCUUACAGAAGAAGAAAAAGGCAGAGGAAGCGGAAACCAGCAAGGGCAGCGACAAAGAUGGCGAUACCGCUAUGGACGAAGUGUUCAAGUCUGACGAAGAAUACGAGGCUGAGAGGAGAGCGGCUAUUCUCAAAGCGAAGAAAGAGCUUUUCGAGCUUAUUGAUCCAAGCCUAGCGACCGAUGACGGUUCUAAUCAAUCGGGACUCUAUGAAUUGAGAGGAGUGAUUACUCAUCAAGGCGCCAGUGCUGAUAGUGGUCAUUACACUGCAUACGUCAAGAAGCAGGGCCGCCUUGUUGACGAUGCUCGUGCCCCUAAUGGCAAGCGACGCGAAGACGACGGUAAAUGGUGGUGGUUCAAUGACGACAAGGUGACCGAGGUAGAUGCCGAGAAGAUCGAAACCUUGUCCGGUGGAGGCGAAUCUCAUUCGGCACUGAUCCUUCUGUACCGGGCCAUUGACCUCCCCAGCAAAGACGAGCUAGAAUCUUAG